AUGGCCUCUGACUGGUCUUUUUCCUGCUUGGCCUUGUAUUUCACAGGUCCUGUUGGCUGCCCAACUGUGAGCAUUCCAGAGAAGUCUGUGAACACAACAGUUGGUAGAAACAUCACUCUUCUUUGCUUAUACAGAACGGAGGCGGAAGCAUCUAAUCUACACAUUCAGUGGAGUUUUUACAGUGCCAAACAGAAACUUACAACAAUACAUUCCCCGUGCCACUAUAUGGAUGAAAAGUCCAUCAGUCAUUGUCGAAAGACGGUGUACAUGACAGAUGCACGGGGAAGGUGUAGCUGGAGAUACAAGAUUUAUUACUGGCAGCAAGGCCAGUCAUAUUCCUAUGGACAUUUCAAGGGCCGGAUCCAAGGUGCAAGCAGCUCAGGAAAUGCAUCCAUAACAAUCUUCAACAUGCAGCCAUCGGAGACUGGCAUUUACACCUGUGAAGUUUUCAAUCCUGCAGACACAAAUGCCCAGAAUGAAAAAUCUGUGUCUGUUGGCGUACUAGUCCCACCCUCAAAGCCUCUCUGCAGCUUUGGUCAAAACCAUCAGAUCGAAAUGGGCCACCUCAUCACGCUCUCCUGCCUUUCUGAGACAGGGUUGCCUAAUCCUGCAUACUACUGGGACAGAGUAUCGGGAGAUACGGUCACACCUGUGACAGAACAAUAUAAUCCCCAGACUGGUCUCUUGGUAAUGGGCAAUGUGACAAAGUUUGAAGAAGGCUAUUACCGAUGCACAGCGGUGAACCCUCUUGGGAACAGCACCUGCCACAUCGACCUCACUACAAAACAUUCGCAAGGUGGCAUUAUUGUUGGAGCGUUAAUUGGAGCAAUUCUGGCAGCUGCUCUGAUCUGUGUUGUUGUCUGGGUUCUAGCCUCAAAGGAGAAGAAAAAGAAGAGAAAAGAAAAAGCUGCCACCAGUGAAAUGCAGGAUGUCACUCACAAAGAACCACUUAAUACUGAGUAUGCUGCCCUGCCAAGCCAAGAAAGCGUUCCAGUGGCAGCUGUUCCACCAAGCAAAGAAUCCAAUGAAUAUGUCACCCCGGAGGAGAUAGAAGUUGCUGCAAUGCCUGAAAAUGAGACACAAGAAAUGGGGCACCACCCAGUUGCCUAAAUUCUCCUCACAGCACCGUUAGAGGGACCCAACAGCAACUCGCCUGCUCAUGAAUUAGGACAAAGCAUAGUCAUGUUAACUGUUGCCCCCAAAUCCAGCAAGGGCAACCCACACGCCAAAGCAGAUUUUCAUGGCAUGCAGGUCCUCUUUUGGAUCAGGACCUGUGAGCACAAAAGGAUGCUCAAUAGGUGACUCCCACAGCUGGAUGUAAACAUCCAGGACCCCAAGCUGCAUCCAUGGUUCUGUCUCCUGGCCUGGGCCUGCAUGUACACCCCUGCACAGUGAGAGUCAAUAUUAUGCUACAAGGGUGGAGAACCUUUGGUCCUCUAGAUAUUCCUGAACUAUAACUUCCAUCAGCUCCAGCAAGCACAGCCAAUGGCCAGGGAUGAUGGGAGCUGUACUUCAGCAAUAUCUGGAGGGCCAAAGGGUCCGCAUACUUGCUAUAUCUAUGGCACCUGUCCCUCCUCCAGCAAGUGAGCAGCGUGGGCCAUCUUGUCAGUGAGUGUGAGGGUCUCUGAACUGGAGGCCCAGGUCAUUACAGAGUUACAAACCCUAUGCUUUCAAACAGUUCAAGAAUAACCAUUCCUUGAAACCACAGCUUGCCAGUGUGGCACCCAUGCCCUUGAGGUCUUGCCCUGGUGCCCACAAAACUUCUGAACUCCUUGGCUAUGAGGUGGUGAGGGUGGUUACUUUUUCUGCCCUUGAAAAGUUCGAGUUGAAAGUUAGUGGGAAAGAGUGACACGCUUUUCCACUUCCUCUUUCAGCUCCGUGUACUUUUUAAGACCCAAUUUAAGAAUGCCACAAUAGGGCUUUUCUUUCCUGUAAGUUUGUGUCAGAUCAGAAUGUCAAGUACCCACCUAACUGCAAUGACCAGUUAAGAUCAAAAGUAGUAUGCGUCCAGCUCAGUGUUUGCAGUGGGGGCUUCUGGGUCCCACCCUUCCUGAACACAGCUUUCUAGCCCACUCCCAAGCCUCCCACCUUCCCGAUUUGAGGGAAUUUUGGGAGCUUCCUCCUGUGCAACAGCUUCUUAGGAAAAUAUCCUUAUCCAAACAUACAUUCAGCUACUGCAGUUCAGCAGUACCUGGACGCGUAGCACAAUAUAUACCUCUGUUUCUGCAUGCAGAUUUCCUUUGCUGGAUGGGGCAUGGGAAUACAACAUUUAUGCACUGUGUACACAUGUGAGGACUUCUGUACGUUUCUCUGUUCCAAUUGAAAAUGGGUAAGGUUUCAAUCGGUAACAUUUGCUGGGAAGUAUCCUAGUUUUUCUGUCCAAGAUCCUUGAAGAGGAAGUCCUGGAGACCAAAGCUGCCUUCUGAUACAGAGAAUCAGUGCUGCCAUGAAGCCACACACCCUUCCGUCCUGUAGGACAGGGAUGGGGAACCUUUGGCCCUUCCAGUCACUGUUGGACCUGAGCUCCCAUCAGCCCCAGCCAGCUAGUCAGUGGUCAGGGAUGAUGGGUACUGUAGUCCAACAACCAGUGGUUCCCCAUCACUGCUGCAGGAGAACAAAGCCCUCUUUCAAAUUAAGUUAAUCAACUGAACUCAGUGUCACUGUUGAAUUCUCCCUUGUUAGUCUCUCCUGUCUGAAAAGACAUUGAUAAAUCGCCUAGAUAAGGAUUGCUGAGGCCUGAUUUCUAAAUAUCACACAGUUUAACACAUGAGACCACUGGAACGUCUAGCUCAAGAUGCCCAAGAAAGAGCUGUAUUUAAUUUUCACCCAUGCAAAUUUUCGAGAUCUACAGCAGUGCUUCCCAAACUCUCCCCCACCAAAUCAGUUGAAAAUUGCCGACAGAGCACUUAAUGAUUUUUCUGCCUGCUGUAGCAAUAGUAAUGUGUUGUGCUAGAUGCUGCAUUAUUUUUAUUGUAUUUUUAUGGGCAUGCCGUAGACCACCUGAAUGAAGCUCAUGGACCAGUUUGGGAACCCCUGGCUGUAGCUUCUUAAGCAAGCAUGUUUGGCUUCACUGGGAUCCUUAAUAUAGACAGGAGGAGUCGGUGCGUUUUUACAUUUCCAACACAAAUAUAAUUUUAGAUGAAGUUUAAUGGUCAUGUUCCAAAUUUGCUUCUGUGAUGGUUUUCCAACACCGUAUUUCUUGUACAGCCGCCUCUGUGCUCAAACAGUUUUUUGUUAUUUGCUUUUAUAUAGUCCAUUUGUUACCAACUAUAUACACAUUUGCUUUCAUGCUCAGCUGUGAUCACUAAUAAUGGGUUUUAUAUGCGCAACAGCACAGGGAA